GGCGGCGGCGGCGGAGCGGUGCCGGCGGCGGAGCGCUGCCGCGGGGCAUGGCCCUGGCCCCGGCCCCGGCCCCGGCCCCGGCCCCGGCCCCGGCCGGUCCCCCGCCGGGGGGCACCUCGGCCGGGGAGAUGGAGCGCUACUACUGCCUGCUGCGGGCCGCCGCGCUGCUGGAGGCCGCCGCCGCCGCCGAAACCGCAAUACCCAUCUGUGCAAAGGACAUCAGUGAUGAUUUGAUGAAAGAGUUUGCUUUUCUUUCUGGUGGCCGAGGGAAAGACAAGGCUUGGAUUAUCACCCUCCCCGACAACGCUCGCUUCAACGAGGUGCCCGAGGAGAUCGUAUCUAAAGUCUUAACAUACCUAACGUCAGUCCCGAGUCAACAUGACUCUGACACCAAAUUUAUCCUAAUCCUGGAUAGAAGAUUGGACACAUGGACAUCGGUCAAAAUGACUCUCCAAAAAAUAGCAGCAUCUUUCCCAGGGAACCUGCACUUAGUGAUGGUUCUUCGUCCCACGGGGUUUUUCCAGCGCACCUUCACUGACAUUGGAUUUCGGUUCAGUCAGGAGGAUUUUCUGCUCAAGUUACCGGUUGUUAUGCUGAGCUCGGUUAGCGACCUGCUGACAUACAUUGAUGAACAGCAAUUAACCCCGGAGUUUGGAGGCACCCUGGAGUACUGCCACAGCGAGUGGGUCAUCUUCAGGACUGCAAUAGAGAGUUUUGCACUAACCGUGAAGGAAAUUGCGCAGAUGUUACAAUCCUUUGGCACGGAGCUGGCAGAGACCGAGCUACCGGACGACAUGUAUUCAAUCGAGCGCAUCCUGGCCCUGCGCACGGAAAAGUACUACCAGCUCAAGGAAGAUAUUACAGCAGUCACAAAAGAGGGAAACUUGCUUCUGAGCAGUUUUGAAGAGCCUGUCUCUGGGGAGUGCAGUCAGGACCAACACCGCGAGAGGCCUGGGGACUGGGAGACUGUGAAUCGGUUACUUGGUCAGCUGCAUGAGAUGGAGACUGCUUUUGAUGGCUUCUGGGAAAAACAUCAGUUAAAAAUGGAGCAAUAUUUACAACUGUGGAAGUUUGAGCAAAGUUUUCAAGAGGUCAAGAAUGCCAUUGAAUUUUUAAUGAGUCAGCAAGCAGAGCUGCCCGACACUGGCGACAGUGUCCCCCAAGUAAAACAGAGGCUCAAGGACUUGGGUCAUUUCGAUGGUAUGGCUCAGGAUCUGAUAGGGAAGGCUCAGGUGGUGAUACUACACGGACACCAGCUAGCAGCAAAUCAUCACUACGCACUCAACUUAAUCUGCCAGCAAUGCAAUGAGCUGCGGCACCAUUCUGAUGUCUUGUCUGAUGAGAUCAAAAGGAAGCAGAUGCGACUGCAGAAGACCUUGGAUCUUCAUACCCGCCUUCAGCAGGCUCUGCAGUGCUGCGACGAAGGUGCCUACCUGCUCGCCAACCAGCAGAUGGAUAAGUGCCAGUCUAAAGAAGGCGCUCAGAAAGCUCUCCAGGACAUAGAACGAUUUCUUGAAAGCUCUUCAGCCUACUUAAACUAUGAUCCCCAAGCCCUACACUACGAUUUUGAGUCGGUCUUAACAUCUGAAUUGAAGUGCCAGAUACAGUCAGUGCAGGUCAAGCUCGAAAACGUUCGAAGCAUGUUUGAGAAUCGGCAGUCUUGCUUCAAGAAGCUGUUGGAUAAACACGUGCGGCCUGUCCAAUUAGUAGCCCCUCGGCCAGAAAAUCCACCGAGAUCAAAAUCACCAUUAUUCUCUCCUAAACAUGGUGUGGAUUUUAAUUCCAGUUUGAAAUUUUCAUUUGAUCUCUCUCUCCCUGGGAAGAAAACAUCAAGAAAAACUCCAAGUUCUCGCAAGAUCGAAGUAAUGCACGACUAUCAGGAAAAACGGAACUCCUUGCAGUAUUUUAUUUCAGACAGCGAUGACAACUUAGAUAUACUAAAAGGCCAUGUCAUAAAUGAGCUUAUAGAAACUGAGAGAGUGUACGUAGAGGAACUCUUCACUGUUUUGACGGGCUACAGAGCUGAGAUGGAUAACCCUGCCAUGCUCAUCCUCAUGCCUCCCAUGCUGAGGAACAGGAAGGACGUCCUCUUUGGAAACAUGCCCGAGAUAUACGACUUCCACAACAAAAUUUUCCUGCACAGUUUGGAAAGCUGCCUGGGAGCACCCGAGCGAGUGGGAUUUUGUUUCCUAGACAGGCGAGAGGAUUUCCAGAUGUAUGAGAAAUACUGCCAGAACAAGCCCCGGUCGGAGUCCCUGUGGAGGCAAUGCUCCGAAAGCACCUUCUUCCAGGAAUGCCAAAGAAAAUUAGAGCACAAGCUCGGGCUCGAUUCCUAUUUGCUCAAACCAGUGCAGCGCCUGACAAAAUACCAGUUACUUCUGAAGGAGUUGCUAAAGUACAGCACGAGCUGUGAUGGAGUUCAGGAACUUCAAGAAGCUCUGGUUGCAAUGUUGGAUUUGCUAAAGUCAGUCAAUGACUCUAUGCAUCAGAUUUCAAUAACAGGAUAUGAUGGUGACCUGAGCGAACUGGGGAAAGUACUGAUGCAAGGAUCUUUCAGUGUUUGGACAGGACACCGAAAAGGUCCGACAAAAAUGAAGGAUCUUGCCAGGUUCAAGCCAAUGCAGAGGCAUCUGUUCCUGUACGAGAAAGCUCUGGUCUUCUGCAAGAAGCGAGAGGAGCAUGGAGACGGAUAUGACAAAACCUCAUCUUACAGUUUUAAGCAUUUUUUGAAAAUGAAUGCAGUUGGAAUAACUGAGAAUGUGAAAGGAGAUCAUCGGAAAUUUGAAAUCUGGUAUAGUGGGCGAGAAGAGGUCUAUGUCGUGCAGGCCCAAACAGUAGAUCUGAAGAUGGCAUGGUUGAAUGAAAUAAGAAAAAUUUUGUUCAAGCAGCAGGAGCUUAUAAAAGUGGAGAAGCAGCAGCCCGGCUCGUGCACAGACCAGCUCCCGCUCUCCUCCCAGCUGAGCGAUGGAAAGCAGCAGAGAGCCUCCAUAAGCUCAGAAGAGAAUGACUCAGAGCGCACCAGCCCAGUGAUGCUGGACAGUGGGCUCCUGUCCCCCCAAAACAAGCCCCACAGAAGCUGGCCGGGAAUGUCACAGUCCCUGGAAAUCUGCGAGGGGCUGGAGGAGUGGUCGGGUAACCAGUACCUCUCCAAUUGCUCGGACACCGAGGAGGAGGACGGGAACCAGCUGUCUCCAGGAAAAUACAAAGCCCUUGCAGACUGCAAGAGGAGAGGAUCAGAGGACCUGCUGGUGAAAAAUGGGGAUGAAAUUCAGCUUUUGCAUGAAGAUGGUGAGGGACAGUGGUUGGUGAAAAACCUAAACAGAAGAAAAGAAGGCUGGAUUCCUGUCCACAGUCUGCAGAUAGUAGUUGGUGACUGCAGAUUUCGGAAUGCCAAAGUCGCAGAUUUCUUUGCAAGAGCACUGGGUAGAAGAUCGGGGAGAAGAGACGGAGUCUGACCAGGGAUUCCCGUGACUGUUUUGCCUACUCGCUGCUGUAGCUCAAACCCCAUGUGAAUAGGAGGUACCUAGGCAAAAUCUCCUCCUGCUGCAAAAGACAUCGUGGCCUGACCCCCAGCACUCUCAAGGCAAUACUUCACUUCUGCAGCCUCACUCUUGCCCUCAUUGCUGCCUGCUUGUUAAUCCAUCAUUAGAAUAAAGUUUAUAAACAGGUUGCCAGGUUUUGGCAGAAGGCUUCUAGCCUCAAAAGUAAUAUUUCUCAUUUUCUAGCCGUAAAUGUACAUAGAAAUAGAUAGGGAAGCAUAGCAGAUGACACAAGAAAAUGCCUUAAGAGCAGCCUGUCACCCUUGCCGUGUACACAGCAUCACCACUCCAUGUGUUGCCUCAUCACCAUGCUGUCCACUGGAAAUGGGAGACCAGGGUUUUUGAUGGGAGCAGCUCAGGAAACCCACAUAGAUUUAGUCCGUUAAAAAAAAAAAAAAAAUACACCAGUUCUGACCAUAUGAAACAAAUUUUGUGAGUAGAUUUCUUUUUAAAUACUUCCUUUUUGUCAAAAUCGAUUGUUUUGAUGAACAUGAGGGAAGCCUUCUGAAAGGCUUAAAAUUCCAGUCAGUUCUUGAUUGUUUUCCAGUAUAUUUCAGUGAAAUCCUUCCUGUACAGGAAGGUAUUUUUUUAUCCCCUUUGUUGCAGGGCAGUCAGAUUUCACAGGUUGGAGGUUUUCUGACUUCACGUAAGGGGUAGCUGGCAGUGGGCUAGCAGCACAGCGGAGAGGACUCCCCUUGGUGUGCUCCCACCUGGAGCACCAUGUGUUGUCUUCUCAGCAAUCAAUCAUAUCUCGCUGGGUCCUGGACCACAGCCUGCGCAGGAGGUUUCUCCAGCCAUAGAUGCAUCUUGAAAAUAGGGUGCUGGCAAACUCUGAACACUGGUUUGCUUUGUCAGUGGUCCUAUCCCCCAAAGCCUAGAGACUCCAGCCUGGUUUACAAAGUUGCUGAGUACAAACUAAGGAGAAUUUCACAAGGCAAAACCACAGAAAGUGGCCUCGUGCUACUGCCCGGACGCUCUGCAGUCGUGUUGGCAGGGUCUAGUCGCAGCACUGAGGCUCUGUUUUCCCUGUUAAGAUUAACUCUGUUCUCUUUUGCUAUCGUGUAUGCAGUCUCUAGGCAUGAUUCUAAUUUUACAUGCACUCCAGGCAAUACUGUAGGAUGCUGUAGGAUGUUUUCUUGCUAUUUCCUAGAGCUAUUCCUAGAGCUUUUCAGUGACGUGUCCUUAUAGCCAUAAUGUACUUGCACUCUGAAAACUGAUUUUCAAACAGUACCUUUGCAUUUAGCAAUCCCUUUUCAUCUGUGGACUGGUCAUUUUAUACUGCAGGUGACUUUGUACCACUGACUGCUCGGGGACGCAGUUUGGGUUGGGUUUUUUUCUGCUUUUUCAGAAGAUGGAGCUCUUGCUCCAAUAUAGCAGAGGGAUAAUUAGGCAGCCAAGCUUGUAGAGCAAAGUAGGGGCAGGAGGGAGCACCGUAACCCUCACAUGUUAUUAGCUGCUUGUGCUGAAAUGCUGUUUUGCAUGUAAGCAGGGUAAACUUAAUUAACAUGUUGUGGGGUCCCCAAGGGCUUAGAGUGUGCUGGAGUCACUUCAGAGCUGGGGGAGAGGCAGUCCUGGCCCUUCGCGGCAGGUAGUGCCUCUGUUAUUGCUCAGCUCCACGUCCCCACAAGAAAUAAAAAUAUAUCUCCAAUCACAGAUUUUCCUAACCAGAAUUCAUACAAACUUGGGAUUUGGGGUUUUUUUCAGUUCAAAGCCUUUAGCUGAAUAGAUGAAAUGGUUCCCUUACCUUAACAUUUUUUCCUAGAUUAUACUGUGGCCCUAACAAAAACCUCCCACCACGGGAUGGCUGAUACCUGCAUGCUUACAAGCUGUUCCUCUCCCCUCCUGCUAAUUAUUCCAGUGUUGGGCCAGUACAAAACAUAAUGAAGUUAUAGGGAGCUUUUUGCUGCCCAUUUGAAGUUAUCAGAUACGUAUUCAGUCAAUGCCCCUACCAUUGCCAGCUUUGCAAAUCCACCGUCCUCCUGCACCCAGCCUGCCGAGGGACAGCCUAUGUGCAAAGCUGAACUUGCACCACCCAAACGAAUCCACAGAUGAUUCUUCUUCCUUUCCUCACGUGGUUGCAUAAGUAAUUUUCCUUACAGAUGAGUCAUUACUAUUGGCAAUGCCAUGUAACUGUUGAUAAAACAAGUGUUUUGGUCCAAAUCUUCUUUUGCAAAGGUGUGCGUGGGGGAAACUUUAUUAAACUUUUUGCAAAUCUUGGCCAGGAUAUAAGCCAGGAGGCUUUUGGGGAGGAAGAUGGCUGGCUUGGAGGUUGUUCUGAAAGCCAGUUUUCCCUCUGGUGUGCCUCUAGCUAUAAUUUCUGAGAUUAGUCCUUGCUGCUUUCUUCUGAAUAGAUUUAUUCUGUCUCCUGUGCAAAUCCAUGGUGGAUUUUUUUUUAUGUGUGUGCCGUAGGAAUAGUUCUGUAUCGCAGGUGAUAACGCGCAGAUCUCAAAACGGGAAAGAUUUGGAGACAACUCUGCUCAGAGAAAGCAAUAUUCAGAAAAUAGCUACUGCUGAGAUUGACCCAUGUGUUGCUAGUUUAAGCUGCCUUGCUAAAGCGGUCAGGCAUUGCCUGGUCAACUGACUUGACUUUUAUAUGAAUUAACAAGGAGAUGCAAGAUUAUCUCCUCAUUUCCCUUGUGUGAGACGCACAUCUCGGGGAAGGUGAGGGCUGCAGCGUUACAAUCCCACCUCCCCUUCCACAGUGGGGCAGGAGACAAAACAUUUCUGCAAGUCCCCCGGUUGCUAGCGUGCCAAAGAUCAUGAGUUACAGCACUGACAGCAUCUGUGUCGGUGAAGGAAAAGGCGUCUCGCCUCCCAGCUGCGCUGCAGCACCCACUUCAAGGCAAACGGAGAGCGGGGACGGCAGAAAUGAGGUCACUGCCGUAACCCAAAGCAGAUGCGUGACUUGUUUUCACUUCAGUGACACUGUGCUUGUGGCCAGCAGCGCCGCAGCCUCCCCUCUUGUCGAGGUUAAGCUCCGUCCCUGCUCUUCUUUUCUCUCAGCAGUGGUAAACAGAUGCAAGCGAAAGGAAACAUGUUGUUUGCUCCCAAAUUUUCACAUCAGAGCAAAAUGGGGCCAAAGCAUUUUCAGCUUUUUUCACCUGACCUUUAAAAGCUGGGCAGAGAGAAGGGCGAGUGUCCCAUUUCCACUCGCUGCGUGGAGGUUGCGUGAGACUGAUGUCUUUUAGAGGGAGCAUGAAAUAGAGUAACCUGAAUAAAAAUAGGGAUUCAAAUGAAAAAUGGAAGCAGUGAUAAAUGCCUUUACUUAUUAUAUAUAUAAAAGAAGUAUUGCUGCAACUUUCAAGUUCUUUCAGACAGCAGACAAGUUACGUGGCAGAAUUGGCCUUGAGCCCAAAGGCAAGGAGCAUUCCGAGCAGGCACGGAAGGGUGCUCUGUGCCAAGGCAGGCGCACGCACCCGCUUGGUUCAAGGAGGACGCAGGCUCCUGUUCUACGUGCCAGACCCUCUCCUAGUUUGUUCUAACACCCCACCUGCCCAAUUAUCUCUUCCAAGCCUUAAGGGGAUCCCCUGUGUGUGUGCUCUUCAUGCUGAGCAAAGGUUUUCCC